AUAAAGCCCAUCAGUGCCCCUGCAGUGGUUGCCACCACUGCCCCCAUGGUUUCUGCCACUACUGCUGUUACGAAUGCUUUGGAGGAUCCAAGCAGAAGCAGCAAAAUAUCAGAAGCAUCCCGUGUUCUAAACACGAUGCUGACUAACUAUGACAACAAGCUGCGCCCUGGCAUUGGUGUGAGGCCCACCGUGGUCAAAGUUGAGAUGUUUGUCAGGAGCCUGGGCCCUAUUUCCAUCAUGGACAUGGAAUACACCAUUGACAUUGUCUUACAUCAGAGUUGGUAUGACGAACGCCUUCGUUACAAUACGACCUUUGACAGCUUUGUCCUGAGUGGUGAUAUGGUGAGCCUCGUGUGGGUCCCGGACACCUUCUUCAAGAAUUCUAAGAAUAUCGCAGAUUAUAAGAUGAGCCUGCCCAACCAGAUGGUCCGCAUCUACGGGAAUGGCAAUGUGCUAUAUGGGUUUAGGAUGUCCAUUAUCGCGAGAUGUUCACUCCACAUGCUCAAAUUUCCAAUGGAUUCUCACUCUUGCCCUCUGUCUUUCUCUAGCUUUUCCUAUCCUGUGACUGAGCUCAUAUACAAGUUGGAGCAUUUCAAUAUUGAAAUGGAUGAGACGAACACCUGGAAACUUUUCCAGUUUGACUUUACUGGAAUGAGCAACAAAACUGAAGUUGUCUCCACCCCUGCUGGUAACUACAUGGUUAUGACGUUUUUCUUCAAUAUGAGUAGGCAGUUUGGCUAUAUUGCCGUUCAAAACUAUGUUCCUUCUUCUGUGACUACUAUGCUGUCUUGGGUUUCCUUUUGGAUCCAGAGAGACUCUGCUCCAGCCAGGACCUCUUUAGGGAUCACCUCCGUACUCACCAUGACUACUUUGGGCACUAUUUCUCGGAAGAAUUUCCCUCGCGUCUCCUAUAUCACGAUCCUGGACUUCUAUAUCGCCAUCUGCUUCGUCUUCUGCUUCUGUGCUCUGUUGGAGUUUGCCAUCCUCAACUUCCUGACCUACAAUUACAAGAAGACCCAUGCUUCUCCGAUCCUGCGCUAUCCUCCUGUCAGCAGCGCCCGUGCCCGUGCUCUUGCCCGCGCCCGUGCCCGCCAGCAGGAGGAGGUGUUUGUGUGUGAGGUUGUCACCUCUGAGGGAAAUGAUGGAGAGGAACACGUGUCUUGCUCGCUGCAGGAGCUCCCCAGCCCAAGUGUCCCUGAGCCCCCCCGUGGAAGGUUCUCCGGAUGCCUCAAGCGUUUCAGGAAGUAUUUCUGCAUGGCCCCUGAGUGCGAGGGCUUUACCUGGCAGAAGGGGCGCCUGCGCAUCCACCUCUUCCGCCUGGAUAACUACUCACGAGUUGUUUUCCCGCUCGCCUUCUUCUUCUUCAAUGUGAUCUACUGGCUUGUUUGCCUUAACCUGUAGGUGCCAGUAGGUUCCUUGCAGGGCGCGGACUCCUCAGUUCCCCGGGAGGUCUCAAGCCCUUUUGCCAAGGGAGUUGGGGGACAGCGGCAGCAGCAGGAGCACCUAAGUGUUUUUCCUCCCUUGUUCUCCAAAUACAAGCCUGUGAAGAGUUUGUCUUUGGUAGCCCUCUCCCCAUGAGUCCCUUCCCUCGAUCUUCUCAGCACCCCCUUUCAAAGAACCGCACCCACCUCUAUUCCAGAAAGGCAUUCACCGUGCUCAGUCUUCAUGAUUGCAGGCUCUUAAUGAUCGGCUCCCUAAAACCCUGCCCACCUAUGAGCGGAUCGGCUCACUUGCAGCCAUGCUGACAAUCACUGCCUUUUUCCAACAAAAAAACCACGACUGCCUUUGUGAUGCUAUAGGCCCAGCUCAGGCCUCCACCUCAAAGUGCACAGACCAGCUAUUUUCCCUAUCCUGAUGCCUCCUUAAAGGGCUAGACAAGAGUACAGGAGGACCCCAUCCUAGUUUUUUCCCUACCCCCCCUCCACAUGCAGAUAGACAGGCACUGGUGUUAUCUCUUUAGGAGGAGAGGAGCCAGCAAGUGGGUCUUUUGGGGACAGCAUCCCUCCCUCUGCUGCUGUGACACCUCCCUCUCCCCCCCCUGCUUCCAUCUGCACCACCAGUUCAAUGCCCUGCAUCCAGUGGGUAUCUGUCUACUUUGGUGUGUGGUGAAGUAACUACCCCCUGCUUUGAUGCCCCCUCUUCCUCUCCCUUGACCCUUGUGAUUCUUGCUGUAACUUACCCCGUGACUUUCCCAGCCCUGGCCAGGUGUUAGGCUUUGGUAAUUUCCCGGGGGCCAAGAAAUGAAAGAAACUCUGCUUUGCAGUGGGCAUUACCCACCGUUCCUUGGUGCCCACCUUGGGCUCAGUCGGAGUUUGACAGCUUCCUUGGUUCCCGGACCCAAGAGCCAGUCCACUCUUAUUCUCGGGGUACUCACAAUUACAGCCA